AAUUCGGUUUUUGUUAGGUCUUCCAAAUCUCAUCAUCGUUCUGCCAAAAGAGAGGGAAUCAUCAUCAUCAUCAUCAUCUUCAUCAUCUUCUUGCGACGAAUCUCGUUUUCAUCGCGGAAUGGGACGAGAUCUGUCUCUCUAGUUUCGUCGCCCAAGGGGGGGCGGCCCUUCCGAUCGCGCUUCUAGUUUUUCCAAUUCGUUCUUCCGCUGAGUUUUUCUUUCCAAGGUUUUUUUGGUUCGGAGGAUUUUCUCUCGUUUGAUGGCUGCAUUGAGACGCGCGCUUCAAUUGGGGAUCAAGCCGGAGAAUCGCCUGGCGAGUCUUCGCGCCCUGAGCGCGUACUCGACCUCGAGCUCGUCGUUGUCGCCGAGUCAGAGAUUCGACGGCAGGCAGUUCUCCCAGCUCGUGAAGUCGAACGGGACUCGGGCCUGCCUCGUCGACACGCUGGCCCUGGUGAGGAGCUUGGAAGCGCAGGGCGUGCCGUCGAAGCAAGCUGAGGCGAUAACAUCCGCGAUUAUUGAGGUUUUGAAUGAUAGCUUGGAGAACGUGGCUCAUUCUUUCGUGUCGAAAGUAGAAAUGCAAAAAACUGAAAUUCUUCAAGAAUCUAACCUUUCGAAGUUCAAGUCUGAAGUACAGAGUUCGCAGGAACAUCAUUUAUCUCUUUUGCAACGUGAGACUGAAAAACUUCGUGGUGAUAUAGAUAAGACGCGUAGUGAAUUGAAGUAUGAGAUAGACAAAGUUACUGCAGGGCAAAGAUUGGAUUUAAAUCUUGAAAGAGGGCGGAUACGUGAUGAACUAGCUAACCAAAAUGCUGAAACCACCAAUCUCACAAACAAACUCGAUCGGGAAAUUCAUGGCUUGAGAGCCCAAUUGGAAGCAGCAAAAUACGACGUGAUUAAAUACUGCAUUGGUACUCUUGUCUCCAUUUCUGCUGUUGGUCUGGCUGUUCUUCGUAUUUUGAUGUAGGGGGUAUAUAACCCGACGAAACUUCAUUUGUGAUUUUUCACACAAAUUUGGAUGCCAAGGACUUGGAAAGAUCCAAUUUUAGAGGGUCAACAUGUCCAAAAGGCAACUUCUUGUUGGCUGGAGAUGUCGUCUUGAUUUUCUUGGGAUUUGUACAAUGGAUUGCUUUCAAAUUUGUAUUGUAGUUCUCAGCAGAAAGUUGAUCAAUAAUUGCAACAGUCAUGUUUCUUUGUUA